UUAUGAACACAUUCACGUGUGUAAAGGAAGGGGGUGGUCUUUAAGGGGCGUGGCCAAUAGAACCCAGACAGAACCUCCCUACAAGGCCGUGGUAACACAACAUUUGGCACGCAGUGGACGACCGAGCUGUGACUUGAGAAAGAAAUGGUCAUGGCAGCUGGGAGGAGUCUUCUCCUGGCUCUCAUGGCGGUCGCCUGUUUCCACGGUAACGCUGCACAGAGGACAGUAUGCACUCAAGAAGCCGUGGCCGACCUGGUCUUCAUGGUGGACGGGUCAUGGAGCAUCGGCGCCGAGAACUUUGAGAAGAUCCGGCGCUUUUUGGCCACCCUGAUCAACAGCUUUGACAUAGGCCCAGACCGGGUCCGCAUGGCUCUGGUCCAGUACAGCAACGCGCCGAGAACCGAGUUCCUGCUCAACAGUUUUGAGAGCAAGAAGGACAUCCUGCAGUCUGUCAGCACGCUACCCUACAUGGGCGGCGGCACACACACGGGUCGAGGCCUGGACUUUAUGUUAAGUCAGCAUUUUGUGGAAGAGGCCGGCAGCAGGAUGAAGCAGAAUGUUCCCCAGAUCGCCGUGGUCAUCACGGAUGGCAAAUCGCAAGAUGACGUGGAGUCUCACGCAAUGGAACUGAAGAAGAAAGGAAUCCUUUUGUACGCCAUUGGGAUUAAAGACGCGGACGAAGAUCAGCUGAGGGAGAUCGCCAGCCAACCGCACAGUCAGUUUGUUUACAGCGUGUCCGACUUUGCCGCGCUUCAAGGGAUUUCUCAGAGCAUCGCCCAAACCUUGUGCACCACUGUGGAGGAGGCCAAACGACAACUUCUGCAGUUGUCUCAAGAAUGUGCCAAAGCCACGGUGGCCGACGUGGUCUUCCUGGUGGACGGCUCCUCCAGCAUUGGCAUUUCCAAUUUCCAGGAGGUGCGGACGUUUCUCCGAACCGUGGUGUCCGGUUUCGACAUCGGUCCUGACAAAGUCCGCGUGGGUUUGGCGCAAUACACCGAUGAAACUUAUCAAGAGUUCCUGUUGAAAGAUCACAUGGACAAGAACUCUCUGCUGGCCGAACUGGAACGAUUCCCCUACCGGACGGGUGACACGGAGACGGGGAAGGCCAUGGACUUUAUUCGGACGCAGUUCUUCACAGAAAGCGCCGGAAGCCGAGCCAAGCAGAGGGUGCCUCAGAUCGCAGUGGUCAUCACGGACGGAGACUCCGCCGACGACGUGGCGGAGGCCGCUCGGCGCCUCAGACAACACGGGGUCAUCGUCUUUGCUAUCGGAGUGGGGCAAGCUAACAUGGUGGAGCUGGACGCCAUCGCCAACCGACCCAUCGACAACUUCCGAUUCUACAUCGACAGCUUCCAAGCUCUGCAGAGGCUGAGUGUCGGUCUGCUGCAAACCGUGUGCACUUCCAUGGACAACCAGAGGCAAGCUUUGUCCGAAAAGUUUUCAGAUAUCUUCAUCCUGGUGGACAGCGGCUUGAAUCAAGCCGAGUUCCAGCAGGUGCGAACCUUCCUGCUCCGACUGACCAACCAACUGAACUUCGGAAUCUCAGCGCACCGCCUUGGCCUGGCUCAGUACGGCCAAGACACCAAAGUGGAGUUCCGCUUGAUAACCCACCAGACCAAGGAAGACCUCAACGCCGCUGUCCGCCGCUUCCGCCUACGUAAACUCCAGCCCAACGAGCCGCGAAACCUGGGUGCAGCCUUGGAGUACGCCGGCUCAAAUUUCUUCACCAGCCAGGCGGGAAGCCGGACGGAACAAGGCUUCCGACAGUUCCUGGUUGUUCUGAGUGGGAAAGAGUCCGACGAUCAGGUCUACAAGCAGUCUCGCUUACUCAAGGCCCAGGGCAUCAAGGUGGUGGCUGUGAGUGUCGGUGCGUCAUUACCACAUUUGAAAGACGUCGCCUUCGGUCCUUCCGUCGUCUAUCAGUCCUCCGGCAAUGCCCUUCCCUCUCUGAAGACUACCUUUGAAGACCAGGAUCUGCCGGCCAAUCCUACUGGAGAGUGCAAAGGAGCCAAACUCGCAGACGUCGUCUUCAUCAUCGAUGAGUCCGGAAGCAUAGGAACACCAAAUUUCCAACUGGUACGCACGUUCCUGCACUCGGUUGUCAGUGGCCUGGACGUGGCUCCUUCCAGGGUGCGAGUGGGAAUCGUCAUGUACAGUAGCAACCCCAAAGCACAGGUCUACCUCAACACCUUCGAUGACAAGAACGAAUUGCUUAGUUUCAUCAAAAUAAUGCCAUACCACGGCGGCGGCACUAGAACAGGCGUGGCCCUCAAUUUCACGCGGGAGCACGUGUUCACCAAAGAAAGAGGCAGCAGGAAAGACAAAGGCAUCCAGCAGGUGGCGGUGGUAAUCACCGACGGGAAAUCCCAAGACGACGUGAGCGACGCUGCGGUGGCCCUCCGUCGGGAAGGCGUCAAAAUCUACACGGUCGGCGUCAAAAACGCCAACCGUGCCCAGCUGGUCGAGAUGGCGUCCCACCCGCCCAGCAACCACAUUUUCACCGUGGACAGUUUCUCCAAACUGAGGGCGCUGGAGCAGAAGCUCCAGAACAUUGUUUGCCACAACAUCCUGCGGGAAGCGGUCAGCGUUAACGUGAGAAAAAGUAACAUCAAGGAAGGCUGCUUGCAAACUGAUGAAGCGGACAUCUUCUUCCUGAUCGACCACUCCGGAAGCAUCUACCCAACUGACUUUUACGACAUGAAGAAGUUUAUCAUCGAGUUCAUCAGCACCUUCCGCAUCGGACCCCAACACGUCCGUAUAGGCGUCGCCAAGUACGCGGAUGCACCAAACUUGGAAUUUGAUCUGACAGCCUAUGCGGACGCAAAAAGCCUGGAGAAGGCGGUGGAGGCCAUCGUGCAAGUGGGGGGCGGGACGGAAACGGGAAGGGCGCUGGAGUUCAUGGGUCCACAGUUUGAUCGAGCCGUGGUCACGCGAGGUCAGAAGGUGCCCGAAUACCUGGUGGUCAUCACCGACGGGAAAUCCACAGAUGAGGUCAAGGCGCCCGCGGAGAAGCUACGAGCGCAAGGUGUCACCAUCUAUACCAUCGGAGUGAAGAAUGCCGACAUGGCGGAACUUCGGGAGAUAUCCGGUGACCCUAAGAAGACCUUCUAUGUCAAUAACUUCGACGCUCUCAACCCCAUCAAGGAUGACAUCAUCACCGACAUCUGCACCACUGAUGCUUGUAAAGAUGUACCCGGAGACCUCUUGUUCUUGGUCGACAGCUCUGGAAGCAUUUACCCGCAGGACUAUGAAAAAAUGAAGGACUUCAUGAAAUCUGUGGUCGGCAAGUCCAAUAUCGGGCAGGACGACGUCCACGUGGGCGUCAUGCAGUUCAGCAGUAUCCAGCAGCUGGUGUUCCCCCUCAACCGCUAUUUCACUAAAGACCAAAUGUUGCGAGCCAUCGAUGGCAUGCAACAGAUCGGAGGAGGUACGGACACGGGAGAGGCCAUCGCGGCUUUAUCGCCGUACUUUGACGCUUCCCAAGGCGGGCGCCCUGGCGUGAGGCAAAGGAUGGUGGUAGUAACUGACGGAGAAGCUCAAGAUGAUGUCAAACGUCCUGCCGCCGCCCUCAGGCAAAAGGGCGUGGCGGUCUACGCCAUCGGCGUGGUGGACGCCAACACUACCCAGCUUCUGGAAAUCAGCGGAUCACCAGAGCGAGUCUAUUCCGGGACGGACUUUGAUGCUUUGAAGGACUUGGAGAGCCAGGUGGCUUUGGAGAUCUGCGAUCCAGACAGAGAGUGCAAGAAGACUGAGAAAGCAGACAUCAUCUUCUUGGUGGACGGCUCCACGAGCAUCACCAGGAAAAAGUUCGAAAGCAUGCUAAAGUUCAUGUCGUCCAUGGUCAACCAAACUACGGUCGGUAGUGACCUCACUCGCUUUGGAGUCAUUUUGUUUUCCACAAACGCCACAUCAAAUUUUACCCUCAACCAAUACAAGUCCAAGCAAGAUGUUCUUAAAGCAAUAGCGGCGCUCGAGUCCCCCUAUGGAGACACCUACACGGGAAAAGCCUUGAAAUACACCUUGCCGUUCUUCAAUGCCGAGUACGGCGGUCGGGCAGCGUCCAAAGUGCCUCAGAUUCUGAUGGUGAUCACAGACGGCGACGCCACGGAUCGGCACAAUCUCCGUCAACCGUCCGUCGCGCUCCGAGACAAAGGGAUCAAAGUCUUCAGUAUCGGAGUGGAGGGCGCCAUCAGGGAACAGCUGGAGAUCAUGGCGGGUCCCGACUCAAACCGAGUCUUCUACGUGGACAAUUUUGACGCGCUGGAAACUUUGCAUAAGAACAUCUCGUAUGUUUUCUGCAACUCCACAAAACCAGCCUGCGAGAAGCAGAAAGCCGAUCUAAUCUUCCUGCUCGAUCAGUCGGGCAGCAUCAGUUAUCAGGACUACACCGUCAUGAAGACCUUCACCACACAGCUGGUAGCCAGCUUCAAAGUCAGCCAGGAUUUAGUCCGGGUCGGACUGGCGCAAUUCAGCGACAAUUUCCAGCACGAGUUCUACCUGAACCAGUUCUUCACUUAUGAGUCGGUGGCCAAGCACAUCAUGGGCAUGAAGCAGCGUGGCGGAGGAACCCUGAUCGGAAGCGCCCUGGAUGCCAUCAGGGCUCACUUUGAAGAAGCCAACGGCUCUCGGAAGUUGGCCGGUAUCUCCCAGAACUUGGUGCUGAUCACGGACGGCGAGUCUCAGGAUGAGGUGGAGGAGGCCGCGGAGCGCCUCAAGGCUCUCGGGGUGGAGGUGUUUGCCAUCGGCGUGGGUGACGUGCACGACCUGCAGCUCCUCCAGAUCACAGGCACCCACGACAGACUCUUCACUGUGGAAAACUUUGACAGUUUGGAGGGGAUCAGACAAAAGGUGGUGAAAACCAUCUGUAAAUCCAAAGAUGACAGAGACCGGGAAAGCUGCAGUAUCGACAUUGCCAUGGGCUUUGACAUUUCUCAAAGAAGCGGACGGCCGGGUGAGAUGUUGGUCAGCGGACAUAACAAGCUCAGGACUUUCUUGCCCGAGAUCGUCCAUUACGCCUCCUCCAUCCAAGGCUUGUGCUGCACCGGCACAGACCCCAUCGAGACCAAAAUCGGAUACAGGGUGGUGAAACAGGACGGAGGAACCCUCUACGACUUCAAGUUCAAACCUUACGACCCCAACGAUGACGUUGUGAGCAAGGUCAUGAGUUGGAAUUUGAACGUUCCCACGCGCCUCAACAGGGCCAUGUUCAAGUCCUUCGGGCAGAAGUUUAAGGACGACUCCAAGGGCGGUGUGAAGGUUCUAGUCAUCUUCUCAGACGGACUAGAUGAAGACGUGAUGACACUGGAGUAUGAGUCCGAGCUGCUGCGAAAGUCUGGUGUGAACGCGCUACUGAUGGUUGGCCUGGAGGGGGCGCCGGACCUGGCGCAGCUGCAAAUGUUGGAGUUCGGCCGAGGGUUCGGCUACAAAGCCCCGCUCAGCGUCGGCAUGCAGAACGUGGGCAGCACCGUACUCAAGCAGAUCGACACUGUGUCCAAUCGCGAGUGCUGCAACGUCACGUGCAAAUGUUCAGGACACGAAGGCAUCCGCGGGUCUCGGGGUUCCCUGGGGUCAAAGGGCGUGUCGGGACAAAGAGGUUUCCCUGGAUUCCCUGGAGAAGAGGGCCUACCUGGUGACCGCGGUAGUCCUGGACCCAGUGGACCUCAGGGUGUUCAGGGCUGCCCCGGACUCCGAGGAUCUAAGGGCUACCGAGGCCUGCGAGGUAAUCGGGGCGAGGAUGGAGAAGUCGGACUGGACGGCGUCAACGGAGAUCAGGGCGUGUCAGGAAAAGGUGGUAGUCGAGGAGAGCGAGGACAUCUCGGAAAUCCGGGUAUUCCCGGUAUCCGAGGGGAGGCGGGACUCAAGGGACAGCGAGGCCUGAGAGGAGAUCCGGGAGAACCUGGACGGGAAAACACUGCGCCGGGACCCAAGGGAGAUGUGGGAAAUCCUGGUUUGCCGGGAGAACCAGGACAAGACGGGAGGGCCGGAGAAAGUGGCAUCCAGGGGAAUCCUGGUCCCGACGGAAGACGAGGACCCCUCGGGGAAAAGGGUGCUGCCGGAGCUUCCGGAGAUCCUGGCCUGUCAGGAAGUCCUGGUGCUUCAGGUCCUCAGGGCCCCAGAGGGGUCAGAGGUCAGCCUGGACCAAGAGGGAUCCCUGGACUUCCUGGGCCACAGGGGGGGCCGGGCUCACCAGGAUUAGCAGGUUCCACGGGAAGACGCGGUGGUAAUGGUCAGAAGGGACAACCUGGAGAUCCAGGCGUGCGAGGGGUGCAGGGCACGCCAGGACCACGGGGUCCGCCGGGUCAGGACGGCAGGGACGGAUAUGGACCAGCUGGACCUAAUGGGAUCAAGGGAGAUCCAGGCUUCCCCGGUUACCCCGGUUUAGUGGGUGAGAACGGCCUGGGGGGUACUCAAGGUCUACCGGGGCGCAAAGGCAACCAAGGUCGCGGGGGUAACUCGGGUCGCACAGGGGAAUCGGGUCGAAAGGGAGAGGCGGGUUAUGAGGGACACAAGGGCCCCCGAGGUCCCGCUGGAAGCCGAGGGAAGACGGAGUGCGAACUGAUCACAUUCAUCCGAGACAACUGCGCUUGCUCCAAAGACUUGGGCUCUUGUCCCGCUCUCCCCACGGAACUGGUGGUGGCGUUGGACAUGUCCGACGACGUGACGCCCGCGGCGUUCGAGCGCCAGCGCUCGGCCUUGUUGUCCCUCCUGGAGGAUAUUACGGUGUCCGAGAGCAACUGCCCCACGGGAGCCCGCGUGGCCGUGGUGGCGUACAGCGCCCACACCAAGUACCUGGUCCGCUUCCACGACUACCGACGCAAGGCGCAGCUGAUGGACGCCGUGAGGAACGUGGCACUGGAGCGCACGUCCAACAAGCGGCAACUGGGCGCCGCCAUGCGCUUCGUGGCCCGCAACGUGCUGAAGCGCGUCCGCUCGGGCGCCAUGAUCAGGAAGGUGGCCGUGUUUUUCUCAAGCGGGCCGCCGCAGGACGUCAACGACGUGGUGACGGCCGUCAUGGAGUACAGCGCCCUCAACGUGGUGCCUGCCGUCAUCUCCUUGAGGAACGCCCCCGCCCUCAGCCGGGCCAUGGAGCUGGACGAUACCGGAAAGUCCAUCUUCACCGUGCUGGGGAGGGACGCCGCAGCCGACCUGAGGAAAGUGAAGAACUGCGCCAUUUGUUACGACCCGUGCCGACACGGACAGGAGUGCACGUUCAUUCAGGAGACGCCGGCGCCGCAAGAAGUGGAGGCGGACGUGGUGAUGGUUGUGGAUGGCUCGCGCGAGAUGCAGACCGACGAGUACGCCGGCGCUCAGGAGCUUUUGGCCUCCGUGGUGGAGCAACUGGCCGUCAGCCCCCGGCCGGGCCAGGCCGACACUCGGGCCCGCGUGGCCGUGGUGCAGCAGAGCGGCGCCCGCGGCACCAAGUUGGAGUUUGGCCUGCAGGCUCACCAGGAUGGGCGGCUUAUGAGGUCACACCUGCUGAGUAACAUGCGCCAAGAGGGCGGAUCCUCGUCCUUGGGGCACGCCCUGAACCUCGGCCUGAAGGAAACCACGACAGCCGGCCAGGCCCGCAGGAGGAAGGUGAUGCUGGUGGUGGUGGGCACCAGGUCGGCGUCCGAGGAUAGCAAAGUGUUGCGUGCCGCCGCCAUGAAGGCCAAGUGCCAGGGGGUGGCGCUAUUCGUGGUGACGGUGGGCGAGCGCUACGACCGCGAGCAGGUGGAGACCGUCGCCAGCGAGCCCUUGCAGCAGCAUCUGCUGCACUUGGGACAGCUCCACCAGGAAGAACGGGACUACGCCCGGAGGUUCUUCAGGGUCUUCAUGGCCGCGCUAGACAAGGGCUUCAUCACACACCCGCCGCCAUCUUUGAAGCAGAUCUGCCAACGGACGGGUCAAGAUGGUGGCCAGAUCCUCACUGAUGGUCAAGGAUACGUGGAGGAGUUUGCUGACCAGCCGCAGGAAGAGCCAGCCGAGCAGUUGCAAGAACAGAUUGACGUCGUCCACAUGCUGAGCCCAGAAGACGACGACGACGCGCCGAUGCCGCAAUCCACCGACGCCAGCGCCGCAGACGCCUGCCUGCUGCCCAUGGAUGCUGGGGACUGCCAGCGUUACGGCAUGAUGUGGUUCUACGACAGCGAGGAGCGCAAGUGUGACCGCUUCUGGUACGGCGGAUGCGGCGGAAACGAGAACCGCUUUAGCACCCUGGAGGCCUGCCGGGACGCCUGCGUGGCCUGAAGGGGCGCCGCGGACCUAUGGAACUCUUUUCAACUUCUCAACUUGAUUGUUAUUGUUUAGGAACUCGUGUCACAAUCUCAACAUCCGCUCAUUUUUUUUUUUGAAGUAUGCUAACUUUGGAUUUCAAAACAUUCCAGAAAUUUUCCGACACAAAGAGAGAAUAAGAUACAAUUAAUCGAAUUGUAAGUAUCAACGAGGAUUACAGUGAAUCAAUCAUUUAGCUACCUUAUAAAUUGAAUGGAGCACGCUAACAAACUGAACAACAAACUAUGACGUCAGGAUUUAUUGAACGCGCGUAGGUCACAUGACUUACAUGAUCAAACUAUAAAACUCAAUCUGUACAAGAUGA